GGCCGCUGCUUGCGGGACGCCAGCCGCGCCGUCGCCAAGCCGGAGGGUUAGGGGGACGCGGCCGUCGCGGGCAGGAGGGAAGGCUCCGAUCGCCCCGACUGGCGGGCGCGGGCCGGCGGGUCGGCAAGCGGCCACCCCCCCCCCCCCACCACCCUCGGCUGUCGCCUGCCCCGCGUCGUCGCUGCGCCAGCCUCGCCUAGCGCACGGGGACAGGUGCCCCGGCCGGGGUCUGCCGGGAAGAUGGCGACCCCGGGCAUGAGCUGGCAGCAGCACUAUUACGGCGGCUCUGCGGCCGGGGCGGCCAAAUUCGCGCCCUCGCCGGCCGCCGCGCAGAUGGCCGGGCACAGCAUGGACUACAGCCAGGACAUGCACCUGAAAAUGAGCAAGAAGAUCGCCCAGCUCACCAAGGUAAUAUAUGCUUUGAAUACUAAAAACGAUGAACACGAGUCUGCAAUUCAGGCCCUCAAAGAUGCUCAUGAAGAAGAAAUCCAGCAGAUUCUUGCAGAAACAAGAGAAAAAAUACUGCUCUACAAAAGCAAGGUAACAGAAGAGUUAGACCUUAAGAGAAAGAUUCAAGUUUUGGAAGCCUCUUUGGAAGAUCAUGAGAAGAUGAAGCAGCAGGCGCUGACGGAGUUUGAAGCCUAUAAGCACAGAGUUGAGGACAUGCAACUUUGUGCAGAGGCCCAGCAUGUCCAGCGCAUAGUGACCAUGUCGCGGGAGGUCGAAGAGAUCAGAAGGAAGUUUGAAGAAAGGUUGAGGAGCUUUGGACAGCUCCAGGUACAGUUUGAAAAGGACAAACGGUUGGCCCUGGAAGAUUUGAGAACCGCCCACAGACGGGAAGUCCAAGAGCUGUUGAAGUCGCAGCAGGACCACAGUUUCUCGGUGAAUAAGGGGCAGGAGAAAGCAGAGGAGAUGCACAGGAUGGAGGUGGAGGCCUUGAACAGUACCCUGGAAGAGCUGAGACUUGAAAAGAAAAAACUCAUUGAGGAAUAUGAAGGCAAGUUGAACAAAGCUCAGUUAUUUUAUGAGCGUGAGCUUGAUAAUCUGAAAAGGUCCCAGCUCUUCACAGCGGAAAGCCUGCAGGCUAGCAGGGACAAGGAGGCCGAUCUCCGCAAAGAGUUCCAGGGACAAGAAGCCAUUCUGCGAAAAACCAUAGGAAAACUGAAGACCGAGUUGCAGAUGGUGCAGGAUGAAGCCAGCAGUCUUCUUGACAAAUGCCAAAAGCUGCAGGUGGCACUGGCCACAGCAGAGAGCAAUGUACAGGUUCUUCAGAAACAGCUCGAUGAUGCCAAGGAGGGAGAGAUGGCCUUGUUAAGCAAGCACAAGGAAGUGGAGAGUGAGCUAGCAGCUGCCCGGGAACGCUUACAGCAGCAAGCUUCAGACCUUGUCCUCAAAGCUAGUCAUAUUGGAAUGCUUCGAGCAACUCAGAUGACCCAGGAAGUUGCAAUUAAAGAUUUAGAAUCGGAAAAAUCCCGAGCCAACGAGCGAUUAUGUCAGCUUGAAGAGGAAAGAGCUUUUCUGCAAAGUAGAACGCAGAGUCUGGAUGAAGAACAGAAGCUGCAGGUGCUAGAGCUGGAGAAGAAAGUAACCGAAGCAAAGAGAACUCAGCAAGAAUAUUAUGAAAUGGAGCUUAAAAACCUGCAGAAUAGAUUGGACGGCGAGGUGGCCCAAUUAAAUGAGGCCCAUUCUAAGACUUUAGAAGAGUUAGCCUGGAAGCACCACAUGGCGAUGGAGGCUGUCCACAGCAAUGCAAGCAGAGAUAAGAAAAAGCUACAAAUGGAAUUGGAGGAACAAUAUAAAAAGGAGAGACUGAGUCUGGAAGAGGAUAAAAAUCAGCUUCAACUGGAGCUAGAAAACCUAAAGCAAGUGCUGGAAGACAAGCUGGCUUCAGCCAAUCAGGAGAUUGGCCGCCUGCAAGAUCUGGUAAGGAAAAGUGAACAAGGUCUUGGCUCUGCCGAAGGACUCAUUGCUAGUCUUCAGGACUCCCAAGAGAGGCUUCAGAGUGAACUGGACCUGACAAAAGGCAAGCUCAAGGAGACCAAGGAUGCCCUCUUAAAUGUUGAGGCUGAGCUAGAACAAGAGAGGCACCAGCAUGAAGAAACCCUUGCUGCCAUGAAGGAAGAAGAGAAGCUGAAGGCGGACAGGAUGGCCCAUGACCUAGAGAUAAAGUGGACUGAAAAUCUUAGGCAAGAGUGCUCUAAACUUCGCCAAGAGUUAAGGCUUCAACACGAAGAGGAUAAAAAGUCCGCGAUGUCUCAACUGUUGCAGCUGAAAGAGCGAGAGAAAAACGCCGCCAGGGAUUCGUGGCAGAAGAAGGUGGAAGACCUUUUAAACCAGCGGCACUCUCUGGGUGAGGCUUUGCAUAAAUCUAUCAACAAUAUCUCCCUGCUCAAGCAGAACCUGGAGCUGCAGCUUUGCCAGUCACAGACAUCUCUGCAGCAGCUGCAAGCUCAGUUCACACAGGAGCGCCAGCGACUCACGCAGGAGCUGGAGGAGCUGGAGGAGCAGCAUCAGCAGAGGCACAAGUCCCUCAAAGAAGCACAUGUCCUCGCCUUCCAGACCAUGGAAGAAGAGAAGGAAAAGGAACAAAGGGCUCUGGAGAGUCACUUACAGCAGAAACAUUCUGCAGAGCUGCAGUCCCUGAAAGAUGCACACCGAGAGUCCAUGGAGGGCUUCCGCAUGGAGAUGGAGCAGGAGCUCCAGACGCUCCGGUUUGAACUAGAAGACGAAGGAAAAGCUAUGCUUGCUUCCUUGCGGUCCGAACUAAACCACCAGCAUGCAGCCUCAAUUGAUUUAUUACGGCAUAGUCACCAUCAAGAACUGGCUGCGGCCAAAAUGGAACUAGAGCGAAGCGUAGACAUCAGCCGAAGGCAGAGUAAGGAGCACAUGUGUAGAAUAAGUGAUCUCCAAGAGGAGCUACGGCACCGAGAGCACCACAUCUCAGACUUAGACAAGGAGGUCCAGCACCUCCAGGAAAACCUAAGUACCCUAACGAAGGAACUGGAAUUUAAGGGGAAGGAAAUCCUCAGAAUACGAAGUGAAUCCAGCCAGCAGAUGAGGUUGCAUGAACAAGAUUUAAACAAGAGACUUGAGAAAGAGCUGGAUGUCAUGACAGCAGACCACCUCAGAGAGAAAAAUAUCAUGCGGGCAGAUUUUAAUAAGACUAAUGAGCUACUCAAGGAAAUAAAUGCAGCUUUACAAGUGUCACUAGAAGAAAUGGAAGAAAAGUACCUAAUGAGAGAAUCGAAGCCAGAAGAUUUACAGAUGAUUGCAGAAUUAAAAUCCUUGCUUACAGAAAGAGACCAGGUCAUAAAGAAACUAAUUGAGGAUAAUAAAUUUUAUCAACUGGAAUUAGUCAAUCGAGAAACUAACUUCAACAAAAUAUUUAACACAAGUCCUACUGUUGGUGUUAUUAACCCAUUGGCUAAGCAAAAGAAGAAGAAUGAUAAGUCACCAACAAACAGGUUUGUGAGUGUUCCCAAUCUAAGUGCUCUGGAAUCCAGUGGAGUGGGCAAUGGACACCCUACCCGCUUGGAACCCAUUCCCAAUUCUCCAAUCCAUGAGGUUGAGUUCAACAGCAACAAGCCACUUCCACAGCCACUACCACCCAAAGAGCCCAAGACAUUUUUGAGUCCUCCUCAGAGUGAAGCUUCCCCGGUGGCUUCUCCAGAUCCCCAGCGCCAGGAGUGGUUUGCCCGGUACUUCACAUUCUGAACGAAUUGUGCUGGCACAGCUCUGGUGGACUGUUACAGGAGCAUGUCUGUAUCUGAGUCAUUACAUGGACAGGCCUUCCUAUGUAAAGCACUGUGAAUGAGAAAGUGUUUGUCCAAUUUGAAAAUGCACUGUUUUUCCUGUGAUAUUUAUUGCAAUCACUCUCUGAGGGUACUAAACUCUAUUAUGUGUGUAAUUAUAACAAUUAUUUUUAUUUGAGAUGGAAGUCUUUAAUCUUUGUAAUUACUGCAUAAUAAAUUUUGUUAGAACAAAUGUUUUUUGUUGUUGUUUUCUAUUAAGUGUGCUUUAAACACUUUUUAAUACCAGGUGUAAGACUUGUCAAUACGUUUUACUGCAGUAAUGAUCAUUAAUUGUUACUUCAGUAGUCUUAAAAAUUCAAUAUAGGGAAAUAUAUUCUAUUAAUACCUUUCAUUGUUGUGUAUAAUUUUAACUCAAUUGUCAACAUUUAUAAAUCCAGAAUAAAAGAAUUUAUGUAAA